CAAUCCAAUGUUUUUUCCGCAGUGAAGCAAGCGACGUGUUGUGUUGUUCUUAUAAACAGUCUAUGGUUGUGCUGCUUUCUCCCUCUCCACAUACUGUAUAACAAAAGACCACAGCAGGGAAAUCUCCACUGAUUUAACCCGGUUAAGGCUUCACAAUGGACAACAUUGCAGUUUCAAGACAAAACCACACCUAUAAGAAAGGAAACAAGGAAAAUGCUCAGCCAGCAUAUGGAAGCAAGUCCUUUAUUAAAAGAGAUAAAAGGUCUGCUGCUCCCUUCCAACUGAAAAGCAACAAAAAAGAGGAAACCUUUGCAAAAAGUGGUCCUGUUAAAGCAAAAGCCAAACAGGUGGACACAAGGUCAACGUCUGGUGAAGCUCUAAAAAAAGUAAAGACUGUGCAGAGAGACGUGAAAGGACCUACUGACGUCGGACAAGCACAUAGCCAGGCCUUCCUCACUGAACAGGCUGUGAAAGACACAAUAAUUAAAGCAGAAGCUCCAAAGCCACCAGCUCCUGUGCCAUUAUCCAAACCAGCUCCCGGGAUGUACAAAGGCAAGAUUGUCCAGUCAAAAAUCGGAUCUAUUUGGAAGUCAAGUGUUCCCACUCAGGGAAGUAGGACCCAGAACUCUAAGCCAAAGAUCCCAGUGAAUGACAAGAAAGUCAACAAAAUUCCUGUCACAAGCACCCUCAGCCACUACAAAUUUACCGUGGAGACUGCUGAGGAAAGAAGAGCGAAACUGGCAGAGUGGCUAGCUUCCAAGGGCAAGACUUUAAAGAGACCAGCUAUGACAACAGCAACACCUUCAAAACCCAAAGUCUCUGCAAAACCUGAUGCUGAUCCUCAGCCAGCUGCACAGUGCAACCCUGAACCUGAGCCCAGUGUGGAAGCACACGAGUCGGACUCUGCUGCUGCUCACUGUGCAGAUACUCAGGGAGCAGGGUUAAUGAUACACAGCCAAACUCCUAACCCUGACCCACAGGACAGAGCAGAUGAUAUUGUUGUGAACCUGUGUGAUGUUUUGGAGGCCAUGAAGCUAAAGAAUGAAAUGUCUGGGCAGCCAAAGGUUGAGCAAGUGAAGCAUAAAGGAGAAGAAAGUGGGAAGGAAGACGAGACGGAUGUCGAGGAAGUAGAAAGUGAUGAGGGUGUGAUGGAGACGACGCCACAGAUGGAGACUGCUUCAGUAGUGAAGUACAGCGUAAAAACCACUCCAUACCUGCAAAGUGUCAAGAAGGCAAUUGCAGAUGAUGCCAGUAGAAGUACAUCCAGGAGAAAGAGCAACAUCAAAGAUCUUAAGUUUCUGACACCUGUGCGCCGUUCCUGCCGCAUAGAACGCAAAUCCACCCGUCUGCCGACGAUGCUGGUGGAUCAUGAUCCCUGUGUGUCGUCAUUAGCUGAGCUGGUGAAGCUGGAUGAUGAUGAUGACGCCAAUGCCUACAUCUACAGAAAAAACCCUGCACUUCUGGAAGAUUUGCCAGACCAGCCCAGACUGUGAGGAGCUCGGUAUGCCUGUGUGGUUUAAAAAAAAAUCCUUCAGAAAUGUUUGGGACUGGAGCUAAUGGACACUUUAUACCGUUACUUUUUAAAUAAAAAAAAAACAACAAAAGUUUUUAAUCUACAUGCGUACGAGCAACACAUUUUAAUUGUCAUUUAAAUCCCUUUAGUGUGGUGUUCUGUACUGAAUGUAUUUUAGUAUUUCCUAAAUGCACUACAAUAAAAUAAUAUUGCCUUAUCUUAAACAUUGGUAGUUAUGGUUUCAUACAAGAUUUCUUGAGUCUAUAAAGCUAAGUCUUGAAUAUAUCAUACAGCCUUCAUACUGUACUUAUCACAUUACUGUGGUCACACUAAGCUUAACAAUCCAGGAACUUCACAUGAACAAUUCAAAUUUGGGAGUACAGUGAACUUCCAACCGCCUCCAGUGAUUGAAUUGAGUAACUAUGGGGUAAAAGUGUGGUGAAAAUGCAAGUAAAUAGAAUUCUCAGUAAUAACAUCAGAAACACUAUAGGGUGAGACAGUUACUGCAAUCUGGUUUACAGUGAUUAUGAAGGUGCAGGGUACAGCUUCAAUGACUCAUGACAUGAAGUAGCAGGCAAUCCUGUCAAUCAGUUGAAGGUCUCAUGCAGAUUUAUAAACCGCUGUCUGGAUCAACUUCUAUGGUUCCCAUGUCAAUUUAUUCUGUGGAUUUUGUGUGUGUGUGUGUGGGGGGAGAUUAACCACUAUUUUAUCACGUUUGUUCAUAUUGUAAAAAUCCAAAGCAUUCUUGAAUAAACACUGCUUUCUUUUGACUGCUUCAUAGGGAAUUACACUUCUUGACACCAGCUCCCUCUGAUCCCACAUUAGACAUUUCAUUAUAACAAAAACAAAUGAGAAUCAUCCAGAAAUAAACAAAAUCUCUUGGAUGCAAUUUUCUCCCCCCAAACAAAACCACUGUGUGUUUUGUGAAGUUCAAUUUAUAAUAACACAGACAGUUAUUGACAAUUAGAGGUAUUAUUAUUAUUGCUAUCAUUAAAACGCCUGCAUUUGUCUAUUCUCCUUGUGCAGAAAGUAUUCUCACUGUAGUGAUGACUGACCUGUGUCCAAGAGUGGAUUUGUUGUGUGCAUACGUCAUUUGUACACUGCAACGUGAUGUUUAUAUGUAUUUCUUUACAUUAACUGCUCUUUCUGUGGACUUCAUUGUGAAACAACCAUACACUUAUUUUGGAGCUGUCCUUUACUGUGCUAUUAUUUUUUGGAAAGACUUUGCACAAUAUAUCAGCUGUAACAUUUCUGCCCAUUUUUCUCU